CCACAGUUUCUUAGUCGAAUAGUCCGCCGCAGCAGGUGUCUCUCCACCAGCAACCCAGAGAUCGUAGUUCCAGCCGACCAAUACAGCACCAGAAAGGACAGCAUGAAACUGGACGACAAACAGAAUGGACUGGGCCACGAGCCACCCAAGUACCUCAAUGAAGAGUUCUUCAAGGCGGCACUGGAGGACGGACUGCGGGACAUGCGGGUGGACAUCAAGAAGAUCAUCUUCGCAGAGUCGAGUGGUGGAGGCGGUGAGAACUACUGCAGCAAGAUCUAUAGGGCCAAGGCGCUUUAUCGCAGCAGCAAAAGGCAGCUGGACGAGGAGCUGGCCAUGAUUGUCAAGAGUAUUGCGAUCACACCGGCCACCCAAUUCCUCGAGGAACUGGCCGUCUAUCUGCGCGAGAAGAUAUUCUACUUCGACGUCCUCGGUAAACUGGAGAUCUUGAUCGGGGACGGAUCCAAGUUUGGGGCCAAGUGCCUGUACACAACCCGCGAGCCCAUCCAGACGAUCGUCUUCGACGACCUCACCCAGUACGGCUAUAAAUUGGCCAGCAGACAGCGAGGCCUGAACGAGGAGCACUGUGUGGUCAUCCUCAGGAAGCUGGGCAAGUUCCACGCCAGCUCAAUGGUGCUGGCCGAAAAGCAAAUAUUAAAUCAAAAUCAGAAAUGGGUUAAGUUGGAACCGAGUGUACGAGAGCACUUCACCACUGGAAUGCUGGACGAGAACUACAUCCGGACCAACGAGCGGUUCAUCAACUUCAUGACCCUGCAGUGCCGAACACUGGCCAACAUGGUUGCGAAGUGGACCGGAUACGAGUUGCUGGCCGAGAAGCUGCACCAUCACUGCGACAACAUCAAGGAGAACCUGGUGACGACAGGUCGGACGUUGCCCGGAGAGAUCACUGUACUGAACCACGGAGACCUGUGGGUCAACAACUUCAUGUACAAAUAUGACGACGAGCAGCCCACGAAGCCCAUCGAUGCCAUAUUCGUGGACUUCCAGAACAGCUUCUUCGGUAGCCCGGGCUGCGACAUAAACUUCUUCCUAAACAGCAGCGUCCAGUUGGACGUGCUGAUCCACCGUCGUGAGUUCCUCAUCCAGACGUACUACGAAUCCCUGCGAGACAGCUUGGAGCGGAUGCACUCGUCGUUUGUGCCCAGCUACAAGGACAUCCAGAAGGAGAUCCGCGCCAGGGAGCUGUACGGGUUCUUCUCGUCCUACGCCUUCCUGCCGAUGGUCACCAUGAUGAAGGAGGACUCAUUCGACAUCAGCAUCGAGGCACUCACGGACGAGACCUUCGCCAAGAAGAAAGUCGAGCUGAUGUUCUCCUCAAAUCCCCGCACUACGGAAACACUGCGCUACGCCCUCCGCCGAUUUGAUGACCUGGGCAUAUUCGAUUGAAAUGAUGGGCUUUUAGAUCGAUAAUUCCCAGAUCCUGCGAUCCUAAAGCUUUUCGCUUCAUUUGCUAGCUUUACCAAUGACUUUUUGUUUUUGUUUGUAAACAGUACGUAGAGUUAAGCGGAUUAUGUACAUUAAGAAUUAUAUCUACUCAUAAGUUAUAUAAAAACUGCCUAGAUAGGGUUUUCAUUUUAACGGA